AUGUCGGAUACGGAGCAGAAGGGCCUUCUUAAAAAAUUGGAUAGAGUUCUUGGGAAUCUGAGUCUGCUGGCUUCCUUUCCUUCUGUGCAUGCUUCAUUCCUUCCUUAUGGGCUUUCUGAUCAUUGCCCAGCUGUGGUUAAUAUUGAUGUUCAUUCCUCUUCCAAAUCUUCCCUCCAUGCUAAGCCUUUCAAAUUCAACAAUCACCUGUCUGACUCCCCUAAUUUCCUUCCUCUUGUUAAUAAUGCCUGGUCUAGAUAUGUUGGAGGCUGCCAUAUGUUUUAUGUGGUUUCUAAGCUUAAAGAUGUUAAAAAAGGUCUUAGAAAGUUGAAUAUGGAACAUGGCAAUGUGUUUGAAAAUGUGAAGAAUCUCCGUGUUGAAUUGAAUAUUGCUCAGACUUGUAUGGAUGCUGAACCGGAGAAUGGAGAAGUUCAUUUGGAUAGGGCUGUCUAUCUUAAACUGCUAAAAGAUGCGUUAGUUGCUGAGGAAAAAUUUCUGCGACAGAGAUCAAAGAUUCACUGGUUGAAAGAAGGUGAUUCCAAUACUGCCUACUUUCAUAAUGUUGUCAAGUCUAAGGUUAAUAAAGGCAGGAUUAAUGAGGUUGAAGAUUUGGAGGGUAAUAGGUAUGUGGGCCCGGAUGUUGCGGAACAAUUUGUCAAGCAUUUUCAGUCUAUUUUGGGCACUGAGGACUCUGUCAAGUCGAUUGAGGAUCCCUCUUCUUUAUUCCAGAAAAGACUGUCGACUAUAUAG